UUUGAUAUAAAAUACACAGAAAGCUCGAAAACUUUUGUUUGAAUGUACACAACUAUAUAAUCAGUUUUGUUGGUCGCAAUUUGCAGAACUUAUUCUUUCUUGAAGAAUCUUGUUCCCUUGGUACCUUCCAAGCAUUAAGAGGUUGUCUUUCAUUCCAUGUCCAACUCUCUUCAAGUCAGUUACUAAUGGAAGGUUGAAACUCUUUAGGUGCUCAUAAGAACCAAUGCCACUCAACAUUAAAAUUUGAGGACUGCUUAGUGCCCCAGCUGCUAAUAUAACGUCUCCCCAUGUGCUCGAAUUCUUUGGCGGGUUAAGAUAAACUUGAUGGAUUUUACGUGAACUACUAUCACUCUUGAUGAUCCUAAUUCCCAGAGCUAUUUUCUCGGCUGUUUUACCUGCAAAUUUGGAGUUAAAACAACAUAUAAAAGGGUUUUAAUUUUAAAGAAGUCCAUCAAUUAAUGUAUCGUUACUUACCAUUGUUUUUCCGAAGAUUACAUCCUUUACUGUUGCAUUUAAAAGGACUGUGAUGUUUUUUGAAUUGCCUGCCAUUAGAAAAUCAGCCGAGGUGUGCCUUUUUCCACUUUGAUAAAAAAUACUCCCACCAACCUUUGUGCCUUCAAUAAGUUGAGGCUAUAACCAUUAUAUGGUAAAAUCCCAGUUUCAAGAAAGCUAAAUUCAGCAACCGUCUGCCAUGGAGUCAACUCAGGUCUAAAAUCUACUUUAGAUUCGACCCAUUCAUAAGCAUCUUUCACCAUCUCCUCAUUCCAACCAACCUGUUUGACAAAAUCCUUACUUGCUCGACUAUAAAAACCACCAUUUAAAGCAGAAGAACCUCCUAAAACUCAACCUCGGAGAUUUGGAAUGCCAUCCUCCGAGACAAGGCUUUGAGCAACCGAUGAGUAUUCAUCUGUUUGAAUCAAGGAUAAUCCAUAGAACCUCUUGUCCAUGAUCAAAGGAUUUCCGUACGGUGAACCAUCUCGUUCAAUCAAGAGCACAGAAUACCUCUCGGCCAAGGUUGCAGCCAAAGGACAGCCAGUGGUUCCUUCUCCAACUAUUAUAUAAUCAAAGGAUUUGCCAGUGAUAGGCAAGAAAAUGACAGCUCAUCAGUUAGCCUAACAAACAGAUCAAUUUGUUUAUUGUCCUAAUCUUAGCUGUUGUAACAAAUUAGUUGUUAACUGUUUUAGACUUUCCCUUUAACAAUCUGUUUAUACAAUUCUAUCAUAUAAAUAGCAAAUCAUUUACUGAGUCUUGGAACUUUUGCAAAGACUCUGAUUCAUGUAUUUUCCAUUUUCUCUCUGUGCUCUCAUAAGGUUCUUUGUCUAGAUAAGUUCAACUUGGUAUCAGACGCCAUUGACGACAGUCGAUAAUGGAUCCUUUAGUCGAAAAUCCCAAUAAUCCGCCACCCGCUGCCACUGCCACUGCCACUGCCACCAACGCCGCUGUUGCAGCUGUUCCGAUCGCUGCUACUACUCUCACAGUCACUAAUCCUUUUGCUAAUUCACUAAAUUCUUCUCUUACUGUCAAAUUAGAUCGUCUCAACUUCCUUGCAUGGAAGUCUCAGGUACUCCCGACGGUCAUUGGACAUGGGCUCGACGACAUACUUCUCACCGGAGCUGCCCCUCCUCGCUUGAUGGUUGAUGGUUCUGUCAAUCCAGAACACAUUUCUUGGGUUCGAAAGGACCAAUUACUCCUGAGCUGGCUUCGCUCUUCAAUGUCUGAAGCAAUGCUUGGUUUUCUUCCUCAAUAUACAUCAUCAAAUUCAGCUUGGAGAGCUUUGGAGCAAAGGUUCACCAGUCAGUUGAAGGCUAGAAUUCUUCAAAUUAAAUCGCAAUUGUCCACAAUACAGAAGGUUGUUACUCUUAUCUCAUGAAACUAGGCUGGAAAGACAUUAUGCUCUUGGUGAACUCUCCUCUAAAAUGUCUGCACACUUGACUGUUGGAGCUACAAAUUGCUCAAAUCAAUCAAAUUCUGUGUAUAGACAAUAUACCGGGGAAGGCAGCUCCAAUUACAAACUUGGUUGAGGAAAGUCCCAAUUUUUUGGUCGAAGUACCAAUGUCCCAAAACUCUUAUGUCAAGUUUGUCACAAGGCUGGUCAUAGUGCAGCCGUGUGUCAUUAUCGAUUUGACAAGUCGUUUGUUACUCCCAAGACUGCAGACAAUUCUUCUCGAGCCUAUCUCACUGAAGUUGUUGAAGAACAAGAUCCUCAAGCUCACACAUCCACUUCAAUCCCUGAUUUUGGUGAUGAUCGUGAGUGGUAUGCCGACACUGGUGCCACCAAUCAUGUUGCUCUCAGCAUGGAGCAUCUUCAAUUCAAAGCUCCAUAUGUUGGAUAUGAUGCUCUUGCUAUAGGGAAUGGUAAGAAGUUUCAAAUCACUCAUGUUGGUAACACUUCUUUACCCUCAUCCCUUAAAUCUUUACAUCUGAACUCUGUUCUGAAAGUUCCCACUAUCACCAAUAACUUAGUCAGUGUUUCGAAACUAACAAAAGAUAAUCAUUUGUUUCUCGAGUUUUACUCCACUUGCUAUUUUGUAAAGGCAAGGACACAGGGAGAGUGUUGCUAAAAGGGAGGCUUAAGGACGGCUUAUACAUGCUCUCACAAAAGUCUAACUCAAGCCAUGAGAUCCCUCUACAAUGUAAUCUUGCUACUGCAACUUCUGCAUUGUCCUCUUGUGUGCAAUCUAGUCAAGAUCACCCUACAAGUUCAGUUUCUGAUUGUAAUAUUCCUGUAUAUUUUGAAUGUAAUAAAUCUUUAGAUUUAGCUAUCAUUUCAUGUACAACACACUCUGUGUUAAUUGAUAAUUCUUGUACAAAAUCCACUUGUAAUAAAAAUAAUAAUUCCUUGUCCUAUCCACAAUAUUAUUCUGUAAAUAAUUUUACUGAUGUAAAUAUUUGGCAUUCAAAGCUUGGCCAUCCAACUCCAAACACUGUAAGCAAGAUACUCAGACAUAUGAAACAUACAGGCAUUAUAAAAGAUCUACACUUUUGUGAGGCAUGUUAAAAAGGAAAAAGCCAUAAGCUCCCUUACUCACUCUCCUCUUCUCGAGAAUCUAAAUUGCUUGAGUUAAUUCAUACAGAUUUGUGGGGACCUUCACAUGCUGCAUCAAGGGAAGGUUUUCGAUAUAAUAUUCAUUUUUUUGGAUGAUUACAGCUGUUACACAUGGAUUUUUCCCUUGACUCUUAAAUCUCAAGCUUUUGAGACAUUUCUCCAAUUCAAGAAACUUGUUGAGAAUCAAUUUGAGCUGACCAUAAAGAUUGUUCAGUCUGAUUGGGGUGGAGAAUUCAGGCCUUUUUCUAAGUUCUUAGCUGAACAUGGUAUUCACUUUCAACAUCUGUGUCCACAUGAUCAUGAACAAAAUGGUCGAGCAGAGCGAAAGCACAGGCACACCACCGAAACAGGACUCACUUUGCUAGCUCAGUCUGUUCUUGAUCUCUCCUACUGGUGGCUCUCAUUUCAAACUGCAGUAUUUGUUAUAAAUCGUAUGCCAACACCUAUUAUAGGCAACAUUUCACCAUAUGAAUGUCUAUUUGCCAAAGUGCUAGAUUACAACUUUUUGAAGUCGUUUGGUUGUGCCUGCUUCCCACAUCUCAGACCGUAUCUCACAAAUAAACUUAACUUUAGGAUAGAAAAAUGUUUCUUCAUUGGCUAUUCUUUUCAUCGGUAUCUCUGUCAAAAUGAUGAAGGUCGC